AUGGAGACUCUUCGUCGUGAGAUGGAGGAGUCUAUCAAGGCCAUGAAUGCAGAAGCGCUCGAGAAGGUGGCAGCGCCGACGGGUGACGUGGCCAACCAACUCGGUUACUUGGCAGAUGCUUAUGAGCCUGGCAAGGAUGGCCACACUCGUUAUAAUGUUCAAGACUUCAAGCCGGAAGACGUUGAGGUGGCCACAAGAGGCAAUUGUCUGGUUGUGCAUGGGAAAAAGAAGGAAGAUCUGCCUGAUGGUGGAGUGCGUACUCGCGAGUUUUGCCGUUCGAUAGUUCUUCCGGACAAAGUGAAGAAGGACGACUUCCAUGCUACCUUGACGUCUGAUGGUGUGUUGGUGGUGGAAGCGCCGGUCAAAGAACCUGACUACAGCGUCUACAAGUUUGACGACGAUCGCAAACUUUGCCUUGCCGCGAAACCACAUACAGAAGCGCCUGCUGGCAUGGAACUUGCUGUCACUGGCAAGGAUGGUGCCGUUGUGGUGGGUGAUGGGGAACACAAGAAAUUGCAUUUAGAGGUGCCCGUAGAUUCGCACUUGGAGCCGAAGGACAUCACCAUCAGGAUGGAUGCCAACAGCGUGCGUAUCAGCGGCACUCAUACCGAAAAGCAUGAUGAGAAGAUUGCCACUGGUGAAAAACAUAGCUCUGAAGCUGCGCACUUCUGCAAGACCUAUGCUGUCCCCCAGACGAUUGACGCCUGCUCAGCGACUGCUGUUUUGAAGGACAAUCGGCUGGUGCUGGAGGCCCCACUUGCGAAACUAUGA